UUCGUUUAUUUGCUGCAAGCGUAAAGACGAGCAACUAUCGCAGCAUUAUCUGGUCUGUUCCUUCUGAAAUUCAACCACCAAACAAAAUGGCGGCGAUGCCUUCUCCUCCUCUCUCCGCCUCCAAUUCCGCUAACUCCGCCUCCCCUUCUACCAACCAGGCGGAAAUUGCUGAGAGCAAUGGCGACGAAAAGCCUGAUUUAACCGAUGGUCUCGAUGAUCUGGAUAGCACACACUACAUUGAAAGGUUUAAAAAAUAUGAGGCUGACUACACCCGUCGCUUGAUAGCCAAGUAUUUCUCUGGAAAAACCCUAAACGGAGGCAACAUAUUUGAUGAGCAAGUGACAAUAGAUGAUGAAGUAAUAAAGCCAAGCAGGUUGCCUUGUUACCAUUCAUACGCAAACCCCAUUGUAGGUUUUGAAGAGCAAUGCAGCAAUGGAUCAACCCCAGGAGUAGAAACUCCUCCAAAUAUGUCAAAUGGGAAACACAUUGUGAAGAAUAGUUGAUCGCACAUUUGCAUAUAUGUACAUCAGAGAAGAUGGCUUCAUCAAAUGCCAAUACCAAUCGCAGAAUGAUUAUCAGGGAUUUGAUGAAACUGACUGACGUGAUGCGUAUAAUCAUGUGUAGAGGGUUCCUGAUUCAUACAAUUCAAUAUAAAGAAAACAGACCAACAGAGGUCAUUGAGAUUAUGUUCGAUUAUUUCAAUGAUGGGUUUGUUAUGCAUUGUUGAUCCAUUUGUAAUUCAUAAAUAGUCUAUACUUGAUUUUAGUGUAUGAAGAUCUGUAGAAUCAUGGAUCACAAUGUGUGAGAGCACAAAUGAACUAUUUUGUUUGAGAGGGUAGAACGGCCAAUCUCAGCGAAUUGAAUCAGAGCUUCUGAAGUUACAUCAGAAGCCAGCAGUUUGAAGGCUGAAGGGAUUGAGCAUUGAGGGAUCAUUCUUUUACCCUUGUCUGAAGGAAUGGGAGAAGCCAAGUUUGGCUUGUCUGUCAAAAUAUUUUUCACUUGCCAAACAUCAUAUGAAUUAUUUGGAUUUGUUAUGAAUAAAAUAUAUUUUUUUGGGAGAA